UUGUUUUGAUGCAUCAGUCGCGGUAAAUUGCUUCUCGUUUGUAUGUCCAUUCAACCAAAGUUUCAUAGAUUUUUAAAUUUAAGCUAACAAUGGUGAGAUGUGCACUGAUAUCAUGUGGCAUUACGUUACAUGCAAUCAAAUCGCUACCAAUAACAUUGCAUAAAUUUCCAAGAAAUCCUACGGUAAGGAACCAGUGGGUAGCAUUCACCGAACGAACGGAUUUAGUCGAUCCGGAUUCAGCUUACCUGUGCUCACAACAUUUCGAUAAACAUGAUUACGAGAAUGUUUACAUGAAGGGGCAGCGUCGGCUUUGCAAGACAGCCGUCCCAUCUAUACGAGAUGCGAAAUCGGCGAAGAAAGCUGAUAAGGAAGCUAUUCAAGAGAGAUCAAAGAUCAUAGAGGAAUUGCUAAGAAACCAUGACAAAUUACCUGCAGUGGUUAAAAAAACAACUCCGAUGUUUAUCAAAAGAGAGGCGAUAGAUAUCCCGGCAUCACCACCAGCAGAGAGUUCGGACCAACAAGACGAGAUUUAUAUUAGUGAUGGGGACACUCAAUCCGAGGGAUUUGUUCUUCCUGUUCAAUGCGAAUACGUUAUUCAACCCGAAGCAACCACCCCGAAACCAGUUAGCCCAACGAUUAACCGCUGUGUGGUGCCAAACUGCAAAAAUUUUCUCCAGGAAUGGUUUGCUCCAUUUCCCAACGAUUUAGGUUUGAUAGGCCUCUGGCGGCAAUGCAUUGAAGUUGGUUCCGGGCUUCUGCUGGACAGUAUGUCAAAACUUCGCCAAAAUGGGACCGUACCCGUAGUGUGCAGUAUGCAUUUCCUAGGGUACAACCAGGCCGAUCCACCUUGCUAUCGACAACCUACGUUGUACUUCAGGGAAGACAUUGUUGUGGAAGUUGAUCGGUGUUGCUUGUGCAGUCGCAUGCAUUUAAAGGAGAACAUGAUAGAAAAGGAUGCCACCUUUAACAAGAAAUUUACUAUUGAACAACUGGUAACGUCCUACUUCGGUCCUACGUAUUUCGAUGAAAAGGCAACUGAAGAAUACCUUUGCGAGGAGUGUGUUGCAAAGCUGGAUAUGAUGUACAGGUUUCAACUGCAAACAGUAAACGCGAGAGAACGAAGUGGUGUCUUGCGUUACCGAAUGUCCCGUGAGAAAAUUGUUUUUCAACAAAAUCGAUUUGACCAAGGCCUUUUAGUUACACAGCAAUCGGUAGAGUCCAUUGUUGUAGAUAAUUCGGCUGUGUACGAUGUUGAAGUUUAUUCACUAAGUGAUAGCGAAGAAGAACCGGUGAUAAAUCGUUCGGUUGUCGAGCCUAAGGGAACAAAAGAAAAAUCACAUGAUCCCAAGUUGGAAAACAAGGAAAAAUUGCAAAAGUCUCGCCUCACUUGUUAUCUUUGUAAAACUUGCUACGAAAAUACUGCGAUGCUGCUUAGCCACUUGAUGAUGGUUCACGUUGACGACGAAUUCAACUGCCAGGAAUGCAACGUAACGUUCAAUGACUCGACGAGUUUCAACGUGCAUUUAGCGCGCCAUGACCCGGACUGUCGACCAUUCAAGUGCGAUUAUUGUCCACUGAGGUUCGCUCAUAGAUCCGGAAAAAGGAAACACCAGUCAGACGCCCAUACUGCUACCCAAAAUAAAAAAAGUAUCAUACGCAAUCAGAAGCUCGUUUGCAGUGCAUGUGGUAAGGUAUUCCGGGACAAAACUGCUAUGGACCGUCAUGAUUUGUUCCACCACAAAGGGCAACCGGUAACUCAGUGCGACAUAUGCAAGGGUUCAUUUGCAUCCCGGCGCAAUCUUAAAAGGCACAUAAUGAUAGUGCACCGCGGGGACAGACCGUAUCAGUGCAAGUUUUGCCGAAUCUGUUACAAAACGUCUCAACUGUUGCUGGACCAUGUCAACGAGAACCAUCGAGCGGAUCUGAUGAAAAACGGAAACCAUGAUGCAGAUGUACCACCACCCAGUUACAGCUGCGAAUUGUGCAAUGAAGCCUUCGUAUCGCGACGAUUGUUGGUCAGGCAUAACAGGAAACAUUCUGGCAAAAAGACUGUUUAUCGUAAAGUUGCUCGCGUAGAAGGCCUAGUUCGUCGCAAUGGUGGUGGGUCCAACUAUCAAAAUGUUUGUAAACUUUGCGAAGCAGCAUUUCCCAAAGGAGCGGAAAUUAUUGAACAUUUUAAAACCAGCCAUCCUGAGAAAGAGCUAGAGUACCAUCCCUGUAGUGUAUGCGGCAAUAUUUUCUUCAACAGAAAACAACUCCUGGUUCAUUGUAACGCGCAUACGGAUAAAUUUGCUUGCAGUCUAUGUGAAAAGCGACACGGCUCUACACUCGGUCUUCAGAGGCACAAGUCUAUCAAACAUGGGAUACCACUGGCAGAGGAAUUCGUUCGUGAGUGCCCGCACUGCAAUAAAAAAUGUCUCAAAGGGAUGUACUAUUCACGACAUUUGAAAUCACAUCUUACUAACUGAAUGGAUUAUAGCCGAGCAUACACGCACAUGGAACCACAAGAAAAAGCACGGUUAUCACUUAAAUUUGUUUUUAUCCAAGCAUGUUUUACACAUGGAUAUUAUUUCAAUAGUGUUUCGUAUGUGGUGCUCUUAAGUUUUUCCCAAAUAAAUACAUACUUUGUAA